AUGUGGAGACCUAUGCAGAAGGAACGAGCGUGUCAAGGAACUCUAACGGACGCGAACGAAUCAGCUGAACAGAUAUGCAUGCAGACGUGGAGGCCAAUGGAGCAGAAACGAACACAUCGAGAACUCAUAACGGAAAUUGACGAAUCUCGUGAACCAGAUCAGAUAUCGAGCAAACCGCCUUUGUGGCAUAACGUUAAAGCAAUAAAGCUUCUCCAAAUAUCAACCAACCACGACAAUCAAACAACGGAGUUGUGA